UCCACUGAGCUCCAGUCCUGGGUUUCAAUUCAACCUCACUGGUGUUCACUAUUGUGCAGUUAGAAAUCAUAGGUCCUUUGUGUUUAAGGACCUAGUGGGGAAAUGAUUUACAACGACCCAAACAAGCAAACCUAUCUUCCUGACAGAGUCCUCACUGGAUGAAGCACAUGCUAGUCACGUCCACACUUUGAGCCGUGGUAGAGAAACAUUGGGGUUUCGUUGGCGAUGAUAAUAGAUGUCAGACCGUCAUAUGAAUAUUGAUGCGGAGGCUAGUCUGCUUUCGUAGAGGAGCAGAAGGAAGCAAGAUGGCUGCCCUUUAGGAUUUGUUUGAAAGGAGACAAAUUGUACUUUGCUGGAUUUCUGCGUCGCUGAGAGAGGAACUGAGACUGAAGCGGUUUCUAUGCACCAGUUUGAAGUGUUUUUGUCAGAACUCAGUAAAGGGAUAGUGGGACGGAGGAACAGACUCGUUGGGUGGGUAACCUGGUGGAUGGCCCUCGAGCAGACCAGAUGGAACAGGAAAGUGACAGUCAUGUCGAGGACGAGAGACUGAGUCCAGUAUUAGCUGUCCAUUGUCACUCUCCAGAGAGCCCAGCUGAAACUCUGUCGGUGAAAGGCGAGACUGCAAGUGAACUAGACCAACAGUCAGACACCGAGCCGCACCAGGUGAAUGGAGAUUGUAAAUGGAGCAGUGCGAAAAGCAGCCACAUUGAGAACCAGGCACAGGUACAGGAAGUAAAAGGCGGGAGCCCCGCGGCUCGGCGAGAAACGCCCAGGCCCAAAGCGUCCAGGAAUGUACAGAACGGCGUGAAGCAUGUCCUCCGCGAAUUCUCUUCGUGCGGGCUUCCGCAAUACAAGAAAAUCAAGUUGGAUGAAGAAGCAAAUGGACAGGAGUCGGACUUAGAAAAUCAAGAUGCCAAAGGAAAAAGGUGCAUUUGGGGAAAUGAUGGGCUGUACGAGUGUGACGGACGCAAUUUACCGGGUGAUAGGAGCCAGCCCGCGCCCCCCAACAGUGAAGCUCCCAGAUCGCCCCAAACACAACAAAUCAAAGUAGGAAAUCAGAUCGACACCUACAAAAAUGGAGAAGUUCUGCCCUUCUUCGAAAGCAAUCAGAUGUCGGUCUCCAAUGGUGCUACAAGUUCUACGUCUUCCGCAAACAUUCAGCAGGAUGGGCUGCGGGGCAGCGCGCUGUCUCCGGGCUAUCCCGAGUACAUCAUGAGGGCAGCUCCGGGGCACAACUCAGGCCCACCAGUGUCCCACUGGAGUUGCGCAGUCGGGGCCGGCAGCGAGCCCUACAUCGCGGGCAAAGCCGGUGGCUUCGGGUUGCCUCUGGGAGCGGGAGCGAUGGAGGAGGGAGGGCGGCCCGGGCAGCCGAGGGCGACAGCGGCGUUCGCCACCUGUUCACAGCAGCCGGCCGUCAGCGCCUGCUUCACCAAGACCACGCCGGCCGCAGACCCAUUCACCCCGGCGAGGGCUCUGGCCAUCGGGCCGGACGAUUUCUCACGGAUGGCGGCCGGGUUCGGCUUCCCUCUCGACCGGCAGAGCGGCGGCAACCCACCCCGGCCCGAGUCGCCGCUGGAGAUGGAGCAGCGCCGGGAUGGCAGGGUGAGCGGGCAGGUGUCCCCGGAGAUGGGGAGCCACACACACAGGCCGGCGCUGGAGGGGGACGCGGGCUGGGAGGUGCCCGAGUACCGGCCACAGUCCGCCCCGCAGCGCCUGCACCUGGGCAGGGCGGAGAGCCCGGGCGGGAGGCGGGCGCUGCUGCAGGCGGGGGCUCUGAGCCGGCCCCACUCCGUCCCUCGGCAGCCCGACCCGCCCGCUCUCAGCCCCCGGCCCCAGAGCUGGCACCUAGAGCAGACGCCCCACCUCUGGCUGCACUUGCCACAAACUCAGCAGCUGCAGCCUGCCCCCGACCCCCGCCACACUGCACCCGCUCCCAAAUACCAGCACCAGUCCCACAGUGACGAGCAACAGCCUGGAUACGGCCCAAAGCAAGUGGAGCUCCUCAGAACAGAAACCCCAAUAGGUGCGUCGAGUGAACGACAGCCCCACCCAAUGUACCAACUCCACAGCCAGCUUCUUCACGCCAACAAUCCCGCCCACAGACAACUAAACGACUCUCAGAUGAACAAGCUCGUCCCUCCUUACUGCGGCAACAGGCAGAGUGGCUCGGAAGGGAUGGGAUCACUCUAUGGGGCAAACAACAGCGUGGGCCCAGGUUUUCCACCGCCAAGCAAGGGCACCGAUUUCCCGUCAGUUCCACACACCCAGCAUGAAUCAGGGCGCUCCCAGACUCCAAAACAACAAGUACACCACACAUCUGUUAUCCAGCAGACGCAGCAGCAGCAGCAACUACCAUCAGCCCAUCAGCGACACUCACAGGUACAAAUAGAUCUCCUCCAGAAACUCUCUGGCCUCAGAACGGCGCCGGACUUCACCGUCUCUCACUCACACCCAAACACAGCGCAAAUGUUCCAAGGCGCCCAGAGCACCCAGUGUCCACCCGUUCGGAAGGAGGAAAGGUUUCUAGCAAACGCAGCACUUAGAUCCCAUUUAUUGUCACAGGAAGACGCUCAGAUGAGACUGCAUCAACAAAGAAUACAGGACGUCAAAGGACUCUAUAAAGUGAUUAAGACCGAGAAAGAAUCUCCGCCUGGCCCUUCACCGACACUCCCCAGCGCCCAGCUGAAAGACGAGGCUGAUCUAGUGAAUGUUAUUAAGCAACAGAGCCGGCAAUUCAGCUGUGACCACCAGAGACAAGAAACGAGCAUCAUCGAAGCACUGGAGCAGCGCUUCAAAGAGUACCACCUCUCCUUCCCCUUUGAACGGCAGUCAUGUGUCAAGUCGCCCAAGCAAGUGAAGGUCGAAACUUCAGGCCCGCUCACUGUUUUGUCUGCAACCGCAGAUUUCGAGUCUGAUGUGGGCGGCGACUGUACCUCAGCACUACAAACCAGCUCCUCAACUGAGGCCACCCCAACGAAAAAACGGCCGGGAUCCACCCUGAGCAAUUUUUUAGAGUCACCUUUAAAACUUUUAGACACUCCUAUCAAAAGCUUAUUGGAUACACCGAAAAAGACGCAGCUUGAUGUCCCUGCGUGCAGCUGUGUUGAGCAAAUCAUUGAAAAAGAUGAAGGUCCUUACUACACGCACCUUGGAGCAGGCCGUAAUGUAGCCCAAAUUCGAGAGCUCAUGGAAAGCAGGUUUAGCAAGAAAGGCAGUGCUAUAAGAAUCGAGAAAAUUGUGUAUACAGGCAGAGAGGGCAAAAGCAGUCAAGGAUGCCCUAUUGCAAAAUGGGUGCUUCGGCGAAGCUGCGUUGAUGAGAAGUUGCUCUGCCUGGUGCGGGAGCGAGCCGGCCACACGUGUGACACAGCAGUGCUCGUGGUGCUCAUCCUGGUGUGGGAAGGAAUCGCUUUGCCACUUGCUGACAGACUGUACAUGGAGCUCACAGAAACCCUGAGGAAGCAUGGCGCCCUGACCAGCCGCAGAUGUGCUCUGAAUGAAGAACGGACGUGUGCUUGCCAAGGGCUGAAUCAAGACACCGGUGGAGCCUCGUUUUCCUUCGGCUGCUCCUGGAGUAUGUACUAUAACGGAUGCAAGUUUGCCAGAAGUAAAGCUCCCCGGAAAUUUAAGCUGCUCGGCGAUGAUCCCAAUGAGGAGGAGAAGCUGGAGGAAAAUCUACAAGACUUGGCGAGUUUAUUGACACCAGUUUAUAAGAGGCUUGCUCCUGAUGCAUUCAAUAAUCAAGUUGAAUUUGAACAGAGAGCACCAGAUUGUCGGCUGGGCAAAGCAGAGGGACAUCCCUUCUCAGGAGUGACGGCUUGUGUUGAUUUUUGUGCUCAUGCUCACAGAGAUUUGCACAACAUGCAGAAUGGUAGCACUGUGGUUUGCACACUUACCAAAGAGGACAAUCGGGUUAUUGGCCAAAUUCCAGAUGAUGAACAGCUCCACGUGCUGCCUUUGUACAGGAUUUCUUCAACUGAUGAAUUUGGAAGCGCGGAAGGUCAGCAGCAAAAGAUCAAGGAAGGUGGUAUUCAGGUGCUGUCCUCUUUCCGCCGUGUGGUGAGGAUGUUGGCUCAUCCAGCCAAGUCAGGGCGGCAGAAGAAGGAAUCCAGAAAGGCAGGGCGGGUCGUGAAUCAGGAAAACAGCACUGCAAAGGCCGAGAAGGGACAUUCAACGACUGCGAGAUCAACUCAGGCCAGCUUGGUGAAUGCAGCUUCCAAACCGCAGCUGCCAAGUAAUUUAGGUCACGCUAUUCCACCAUCUAUUCAACAACAUACGGUGCCCAAUAUCUACCAGUCUGCCCAACCAAGCACUUACGCAGGUUACCAGUGUAAUGGAAGCACAUCUAUUGACAACUUUCACCAUUAUAUGGGGUCUUAUUAUCCCUCACUUGCACAUCAUAUGGACAUGUACCGUUAUCAAGUCCCAAUGAACAAACUUACCCUGCCACCAAUACAGACUCUCUACCAGCAGUUUUCAAAUUCCUACAGGUUUGGCAAUGAUCAGAUGUGUAUGAGUAGAUUUUGUAAUUAUCCUGAUUAUGGUGCGCCAGUUAAUGGCUACAACAGUUGCCCGAUUGACAACAGAAUACCGAACAUCCAACAAAUGAGAGGUUACCCCCAUUUUGAUUCUUCCCCUCAAACUGAGACCCAACUCACGGAACCUACGUCUAAAUCAGUGCCCAAUGUGAGCCAAGAGACCUUGGAUCAUCCUGCAGUGGCUCAUGGCAGCCAAUACCAUUCACACACAAGCUCAUACCAACACAAUGAUCUUCGGCCUGCCGGAUCUUUCCAAAUUGAAAAUAAAGAAAAUGAACUUGAUUUGCUUGGAGCAAAAGGUCCACCAUCAAAUAAUUUACAAGCAAAUGUAUCAGAAACUGUCAAUCACAAAGUUCCAGAAAACGGUGCUCACGUGCUUUCACAAAAUGAUGCAACUGCUCCAGAAGAGCCCCAGGAGGUUUGGUCAGACAAUGAACAUAACUUCACUGAUAAAGAUAUUGGAGGAGUCGCAGUGGCACCGUGCCAUGGAUCUAUUCUCAUUGAGUGUGCAAAACGUGAACUACAUGCAACAACCCCAUUGAAAAGUCCUAACAGAAAUCACCCAACAAGGAUAUCUCUUGUAUUUUACCAACACAAAAGUAUGAAUGAGCCAAAACAUGGGCUAGCACUCUGGGAGGCCAAGAUGGCUGAUAAAGCCAGAGAACGAGAAGAAGAAGCAGAGAGACUUGGUUUGGAUUACGUGCCUCCCAAAUCUUACAGCAAAAAAGCAAAACGAGAGCCCCCAGAACCACACGAACCUGUAGAACCACCACAGAUACGCUUUAUGAGGACUCUUGCACAAAGGACUAUGACUUUCACAACAACCUCAGUAACUACAGCAUUCCCGUAUGCCUUCACACGGGUUACAGGGCCUUACAAUCGUUGGAUAUAGCGUCAUGCUUACCUGGGUUACCUCAUUUGCUGUCUGGCAUUUGGCAAGGCAGCUGUGCUAUACCCCAUGGGGAAGAAACAGCACUGGCAAAAAGAAUAAAACACCAGCAAAUGGAGCCAGGCUACAAAAUACUUACCCUGUAUCUCAAUUCAAAUUUGAAAGAGUGCUCACAGUAAGGACCAAGCUGAAAAGUGUCCUAUGCAAAAAAGUGUUGUAACAGAAAAUUAUUCUGGGAUAUGGAUACAUACAAGGCCUUACUGUAAAUUAAUUUAAACUAAGUAUUUAUGCUAGACACAAGUGACCUCUUAUGUCAUUGAUGAGCCUAAUCCUAGGAAACGGGGCAGGAUCAGAACCCAGUCCUCUGGUGCUGAGUGUUGAGGCAACAUUCAAAAACUACACAUUUCCAACACGUAGUUUUCACUGCAUAGAAUGACUAUCAAACUGAUAGCAGUUUGUUUGCCUUUCUCUAUAUGUUGAUUGCAGAUAACAGUCAAUUCAAACAGCUGAAAUUGAUUUUAAUUGAAUAGUCAGGAAAAAAACUGAAAAGUUUAAAAUUCAUGGUGCUAUGUUUGACCAUUAUGGUGCUAUAUUUAGAGGAUUUUUAACAUCUUUAUGUAAAUUUCAAAUGCCAUUUAAAUGGUUUCAUAAUUAUUAACAUUUUUCAAUUGAUUAAUUGAUGCUGAGACGUCCUCUCAUAGUGCAGAGGGCUUUUAACUUAAAGCUCCGGCUGUGUGAAAGAAAAGCCUACAUUUAAAAUGUAGCAAAGUACUUUGGAGGGUCAAUGAAUUCUGAUUCAGUCGUGAUCCUCAAAAUGAAUUUCAUGAAAUAUUUUGUAAGACGUUGGUAUUCAAAAAGCACUUUGAAUAUUUUAGGGAUUGACAUAUUGAAGGGUGAUAUAGAGUACUAAGAGAUUUACUGUAAAAUAAAAGACUGUAAAAUAUCCCAGCCAUAAGUCAGAUAAUAGGCUACACGUAUACCCUUUAAAUGUCAUUGAUUACCUUACAGUUUGGGAUUUACUGGAUAUAAUGGGAAACCUUAAGAGAAUGCCACAUAAAACACUGAUGCUGGUGCUCACAUACAAUGUGCAGCUAUAUUUGUUAUGUUAAAAUAUAACAGUUCAUACUCAAUCAUUAAAGUGAUUGUGCAUUUUUUAGAUCUAGGCUUUCAUAUUAACACUUAUCCCACAGCAUGUUUUAGACAAAAAUACUAUGGUUAUUCUAGACCAAUUAAAACAUUUAUAAAUGAAAUAUAUAUUCACUCAAUAGAUUUGAUUUGCAAUGAGAUGCUGAUGUUUGAAUAGAAAUGUAACUUUUUCAGUUACAAUAUAAGCAGAGUCAUUAACGGAGAGAACUGAUAACAUACCAGGGAAGAAUAAAACAGGGUUAGUUGUAUCAAAUGGUGAAAUCAGGCAGCUGGCUUGCUGUGGUAAUGUUAAAAUCAUAAAUGUGUAAAUAUGAAAAUGCAAAAAAAAAACAAAAAACAAAACUGUACAGUAAAUUAAUUUGUAAACAGAAAUUUCUUUUUUUUUACUUAAUGCUUUUACUAUUUUAGUACUGUAAUAUUUUCCUAAUACUUUCCUUUAAGCUUUUUUCAGAAUGGUGCUACUCAAUCUGCUACAGUUAAAAUGUGAGUUUAGGAAGUGUAAAGAGGAUUGGAGAUGUUUAUACUUGUCAUAUACCUCAGCUCUUGUACUGGGCAAUAGGAAAAUGAUGUUUCAGUAAUCAGUAGUGUUUUGUACACCAUCAUUGUUUAAUUUAAAAGUCUUUAUGACAUAAAAUCUUUUUUUUCAUUUUGAUACUUGAUAACUUGAAACUCGAGCUUUUGUUCUACAAGAUGAUCAGGGAUAUUACAACUCUUAUUUUCUCCUUUUGCCAAUACAUCACCUGUGUUUUAAUACCACCCUUUGUUUUAUUUUUCAGGGAUACCUUCACUUUGUUUAAUCCCUAUUUGGAUUUUACGUGAAUAGUGGGAUACAUGUACUUGAUGCUUUUAAAUUGAGCGUUUGUGAACCGAUGGUUUUGUUUUUAAUUCUAAGCAAGAAAGUACGUAAUAGUUCUCUUUUCUUUAAGAAUUUGAAUGAUGUAUGCACUGAGCUGAUAAAAGGGAAGAAAAUAAAGAAUUGAAAUUUGCUAUUUUCCUGGUGAGGGAGGGGGUUGAAUUAAUGUCUCACAUGAACGAAUGAAUUUGUGUCACUUGUUGUACAGGGCCCAGCUACAGUAGCAACAUGUCUGUUGGAAGUAAAGUGCACGUAUAGGUUAUUGGGUUGAUGCUAGCCAUACUUGAAGAAGCUUCAGAGUGGUGUUGACAUUACUUGAAUUUAAUUUCAGUUUGAUUGAUGCACAGCGGUAUAUAUUGUUCACUUCUCAAGCUAGAGGUUAAUGUAUACUCAAGUGUAAGAUACUUAGUUGAAUUUGACACUAAAAGUCAGUUUUGGUGUGCAUUUCAUUCUAUUCUGUAUUUUACUUUAGCUUUGCUCUUUACUGAUAAAUUGGGUAUGUUGAAAAAAAGAUAAAUAAGGCUGGUUAUAAAUACUGUAAGUAAUGUACUAAAAGCAGAAAGUUAUUUGAAAGCUGUUUAUUAUAUCAUUCCCGAUAAUGCUGAGUUGUGGGUCUUUUUAAUAAAAUUUAUAUUUAUUUAAUGCA